AUGGCGAUGAACAAGAUCCGCGGCGCCUUUGCGGUGCCCCGCAAGGGAGAAACCUUUGAAUUGCGAGCUGGCCUUGUCUCCCAGUAUGCCUAUGAACGGAAGGAAUCCAUUCAAAAGACGAUUAUGGCCAUGACCCUGGGCAAGGAUGUCUCAGCUCUUUUCCCAGAUGUGCUCAAAAACAUUGCCACAGGCGAUCUUGAGCAGAAGAAAUUGGUCUACCUUUAUCUCAUGAACUACGCCAAAUCCCACCCUGACCUAUGUAUUCUCGCCGUGAACACUUUCGUACAAGACUCGGAAGAUCCCAACCCGUUGAUUCGUGCGCUGGCAAUCCGAACAAUGGGAUGUAUUCGAGUGGAAAAGAUGGUGGACUACAUGGAAGAACCUCUCCGCAAGACCCUCCGAGACGAGUCGCCUUAUGUUCGCAAGACCGCUGCGAUUUGCGUGGCCAAGCUUUUCGACCUCAACCCGGCAAUGGCUCUCGAGAACGGAUUCUUGGAAAUGCUCCAAGAGAUGAUCGGUGACCCCAACCCAAUGGUUGUGGCGAACUCGGUGACUGCGUUGUCUGAGAUUUCCCAUACGGCACCUGAGACGCAGGCCCUACAAAUUACUAAUAACACUCUACGGAAGAUGCUGAUGGCAUUGAACGAGUGCACGGAAUGGGGGCGCGUCACUAUUCUCUCCACCUUGGCCGAAUACAAGACCGCUGAUGUUAAGGAGUCGGAGCACAUUUGCGAACGAGUCGCGCCUCAGUUCCAGCACGUUAACUCCGGUGUGGUUCUUGCGGCAGUCAAGGCUGUGUUCUUACAUAUGAAGAACGUUAACCCUGAAUUGUCGAAGAACUACCUUAAGAAGAUGGCCCCACCAUUGGUCACCCUGGUUUCUUCGGCUCCUGAAGUGCAAUAUGUGGCAUUGAGAAACAUUGAUCUUUUGCUGCAGAAGCAGCCCGAUAUUCUCCAGAAGGAGCUCCGUGUAUUCUUCUGCAAGUACAAUGACCCGCCAUAUGUCAAGUUCCAGAAGCUUGAGAUUAUGGUGCGCAUCGCAAAUGACCGCAAUGUGGACCAGCUUCUGGCUGAAUUGAAGGAAUAUGCUCUCGAAGUUGAUAUGGACUUUGUCCGCCGAGCAGUCCGGGCCAUUGGACAGGUCGCCAUCAAGAUUGAGAGCGCCAGUGAACGUUGUGUUAACACAUUGCUGGACCUUAUCAACACCAAGGUGAACUACGUCGUUCAAGAAGCGAUCGUUGUCAUCAAGGACAUUUUCCGGAAGUACCCCGGAUACGAAGGAAUCAUCCCCACUCUCUGCCAGUGCAUUGAUGAGCUGGAUGAGCCUAAUGCCAGAGCCGCCCUUAUCUGGAUUGUUGGAGAAUACGCCGAGAAGAUCAGCAAUGCAGGUGAUAUCCUGGGAGGCUUUGUUGACGGAUUUAAUGAAGAAUUCUCUUCAACCCAAUUGCAGAUUCUUACCGCGGUUGUCAAGCUCUUCCUCAAGCGGCCUGAGAAGGCUCAAGGUCUGGUGCAGCGUGUCCUUCAGGCAGCCACUGCCGAGAAUGACAACCCUGACGUUCGUGACCGCGCCUACAUCUACUGGCGUCUUCUGUCCAACACCAGCGAUUCAAAUGCUACCAAGAACAUUGUGCUCUCGGAGAAGCCUCCUAUUAUCACCACCAUUCACUCAUUGCCACCAACACUCCUCGAUCAACUCCUCACCGAGCUGUCAACUCUGUCUUCCGUCUACCACAAGCCCCCAGAACAAUUCGUCGGUGCUGGCCGGUUCGGUGCCGAUGCUGUCCAGCGCGCUGCUAUCGAGGAACAAAUCCAGAACGCGCGCGAGAACCCAUUGGCUGCAGCGGCAGCCGCUGCAGCCGUCUCUGGCUCUUCCGCACCUGCGCAGGCACAAAACAACGUCGAGAACCUGCUGGACAUCGAUUUCGACGGCGGUGCCCCUGCCUCAGCGCAAGAUCAGCCUUCUUCUGGCAUGUCCGGCCUUGAGGGUCUGGGCGGCACCCCCAUGCGUGUCGAGUCCCCUGCAGUUGGUGCUCCCGCACCGCAAUCCAGCAACAACCUGGAUGACCUACUGGGCGUGUUUGGCGAGUCAAGCCCCUCCCAGCCCUCAUCGAGCGGCGGUAACGGCGGCGUCAGCGCUGAUCUGAUGAACGGAUUUGGUGGUCUGGAUCUCUCCGGGAACAGCUCACCUGCGCCUCCCUCGGAAAACAACCAGACCAAGAAGUCUAACGAGGAUAUUUUGUCACUCUUCUAG